AUGAAGCAUCAAAACGUGGAUGCAACGAUGGGCGACAUCAGGACCAGAUUUUGGAUAACAAAGCUGCGUCGAGUGUUGCGUACAGUAAUAUCUGGAUUUAGUGUGUGCAAGCUACAUAGAGAGCAGCCAGCGCCACCUAUAAUGGGUCCUUUGCCAGAGGACAGACUGGAGGCCAAUGGAUGGCCAUUUAAGUUUACGGGUCUGGACUACUUUGGACCACUUCUUGUGACCAUCGGACGUCGAAAGGAAAAGAGAUGGGUUGCCUUGUUUACGUGUCUGACAACAAGGGCCAUACAUUUGGAGUUGGCACAUGACCUGUCAAAUGAUUCCUGCAUAAUCGUGAUCAGGAACUUUCUUUGCCGUCGCGGGCCUGUACUGAGGUUGCGCAGUGACAACGGAAAGAAUUUUGUUGUGGCCAAUAGAGAAGCCAAAAGGCUCAUAGAUGUAUUCGAGCCGGAGAAGAUUCAGGGUGAGCUAUCUUCUAGAGGCAUUGAAUGGAUUUUUAACUGCCCAGCGAACCCAGCUGAAGGAGGAGCCUGGGAAAGGAUGGUGCAAUGUGUCAAGAGAGUGCUUCGCCACACAGUAAAGGAGGUGGCACCGAAGCAACACGUGUUGGAGAGUUUCCUGAUUGAGGCCGAGAAUGUUGUGAAUUCGCGCCCGCUUACUCACUUGCCAGUAUCUGUGGAUCAGGAAGCCCCCCUAACACCGAACGAUCUACUCAAGGGAGUAGCCAAUCUGACUGACACACCCACUAUUCAUGAGCAGCCGGACGAGAAAUGCGCCACAAGGAAGCAGUGGCGCAUAGCGCGGCUAUUACGAGAUCGAUUUUGGAAGCGGUGGGUCUUGGAGUACCUGCCUACACUUGUGCGACGCGUGAAAUGGUGUGCGCGCGUUGAGCCGAUACGCCAUGGUGAUGUGGUGUUUAUAUGCGACCCAAACGUGCCACGCAGGGAGUGGCGAAGGGGCAUAGUGGAGGAGCUCUACUCUGGACCAGAUGGAGUACCUCGACGCGCCGUCGUACGCGUGGCGGACGGCAAUCGAGUGCGACUGAGGACUCGUCCCGUGGCUAAACUAGCCAUAUUGGAUAAUCUACCUUCCCGGUAUCCGUUUAUUCCCAGGCAGAAGACUGGCGCCCUGGACUUUGCAAUUUACUAG